CUUGCUUUUGUAUUUCUCAUUUUAUUGCUCCGCAUCUGAACCCAGCCGCUCCACACUCUGCUUCCUCCUCGCGUAUACAUGCAUAAGUUGUAUGUAUUUUAUGUAUUUAUGUGUUUAUCUCUUUGCUGUUCGACGCCGCUUUUUCUGCUCAAGGAAUGUGAUGGGAUUCUGGGGAUACGUGGCUUGUGAAUUCUUUAAAGAUUCUAAUUUGGUGGGAUCACAUUGGAAUUGUCUCUCGAGUUCUUGCUUCUCUUCUUCUUCUUGUUCGAGUUUGCAUGAUUUAUGGUUUAUGCAUAAAUAUAUGUUUAUAUUUACAUAUGUAUGUUAUGUUUAUGGCUUUCGGGUUUUCGGGGAGUUGCUCGUGUAGAUGAAAACUGCUCAGAAUAAGACUUCUUGAUGAUUUAUUCACUUUGAUUUGGGAUUUGGUUCCAUCUGCUGUAUCGGUUUGGGAUUAUUUGGCUUCGUUUUUCCUGUUUUUUUCGGUUAUGCAUUUAUUUUGAUGAAUACUUCGUGGCUAAAAUGUGGUUGAAAUUAGAUGGAAAAACUUGAUCUGUUGUGUCUGUUAUUUGGCGAUGGAUGAGUUUUCUUCAUGUUUGAUUUGUUUUUCCAUAGCUUGAGUUGAAAUUUUUUAAAGAAAUUUCAUUUGUGGCUGUGGAUUGACAUGUUGUUAUAUCCUUGUUCCUUUGAUUUUAUUUCCAAGAUUGAUUUCACGGCUUUGCCUUUUGGUCGAAAUGAUAUGUCGUUAGGGUCUCGAAAUUCUUUAGGAUUUCAGCCUUGCAGAAUGAAUCUUAAUUCUUGUGUGGUAUGCUUGCACUCAUUUUUUCCACUAUGAUGCAUCAAUGAGAGUUUCUAUUUUUGGUAAGUAGGUGAUGGCAGAUAGAUAGGGAGGAAGCUGCUUGUAGACGCUGUUAUGUUUUGGUUGAUACAGUGAAAAAUCUCAUCGGUAGUAUCUGGAUAUUGAGCAUACCGGAAUUUCUUGGAAUUUCAUCGAUUGUUUUGUUAUAGAUAUUGAAAGUUGGCAGAUGUCUUCAUUUGCUCGACAUCAGAAUGGAGGUUGCAUUGAUGGCAUUUCUGUUAAAGAGUAUGACGACUCUGCUACAGCCAACACCUUUCCUCAAACUCAGUCAGAUUGUUAUGAUGCGGGCAAGGAAUUUGGGGAGCCUGAUAUUCUUCCGCGUAUAGGAGAUGAGUAUCAGGCCGAGCUUCCUCCACUAAUUAGAAAGCCCAUUCACAUGCCCUACACUGAAACUGGACUCCAUUCCCUCCAAGAUUUCUUCAUGGGGUUGUCAAUACCACUAAUUUGGAUUGAUCUUGGGAAAAGUGAUGGCCCUCAAACUGUUCAAGGCUCCAGACAUCCAUCUCAUAAGAAUGUGAUUGAAGUGGGGACUUUGUGCAAUGGUGAUAGUGAACCUUCACACAAUUCUGUGAAGGGGGUAGUAAAGAGUUUACCAGUUGUAGUGAAUAUACCAAUGUGCAUUGAUGAAGGUCAUCGUCUGGUUCCCGGAUUACCCAGUGAAAGAUGGAAUGAUGCUGAAAAAGCGAGUUUCCUCCUCGCAUUAUACUUGUUUGAUAAGAACUUUGUUGAAGUGAGGCGGUUCGUUGGAAGUAAAGGGAUGGGUGCAAUACUCUUGUUCUACUACGGAGAAUUUUAUGGCUCUGAUGCAUACCGUAGAUGGUCAGAAGGUCAGAAGUCAAAGAGCAAGAAAUGUGUUUAUGGGCAGAGGAUAUUCUCCGGGUCGAGGCAGCAGGAAUUCUUGUCUAGGUUGCUCUCUAGAGUCUCUGAAGAAUGCAAAAGUGCUUUACUCGAGGUCUCUAGGACGUUUGCAGAAGACAAAAUAUCAUUGGUCGAUUAUGUCUCUACUCUGAAGGAUACAGUGGGGAUGGAUCUCAUCGUAAAAGCUGUUGCCAUUGGUUCGGGCAAGCAAGACCUCACGGGGAUGGCCUUGGAAUCUGUGAGGUCGAACCAUGUGACCCGGUCGGAGAUACCAGCAGGGAAAGCAUGCUCGGCGCUUACAACUGAUGAAAUCAAUAAAUUUUUGAGUGGAGACUACAGAUUGAGCAAAGCUCGUUCCAAUGACCUGUUCUGGGAGGCCGUGUGGCCACGUUUGCUUGCACGAGGCUGGCAUUCGGAGCAACCUGAUAACCAGGGUUAUGCUGCUGGUUCGAAGUGUUUGGUUUUCCUUCUUCCCGGUGUUAAGAAGUUCUCGAGAAGAAAGCUGGUGAAGGGUGAUCACUACUUCGACUCAGUCACUGACGUGCUGAGCAAAGUUUCAAAAGAUCCCGGCUUGAUUGAGCUUGAAAGCGACGAAGCAAAUGGCUACCAGGACAUGAAGAAUGAUGAGCCGACUGAUGACGCGAAGAUGAUAGAAGACGAGAACCAUCUGCCUUCAAGGCAGCGACAUUCGUAUCUGCAGCCUCGGACUCCCAAUCGCAGCGCGGAUGCCAUCAAAUUCACUGUGGUGGAUACUGGACUCCCCGUUGGCAAGAUAAGAGAGCUGAGGACCCUUCCUCAGGAAAUCCCGAGCAAUAUGAUCUCUCUCGAUGCUGCUGAAGAGAAAAAAAUGGCUGAACCUGACCCGACGGGUAAAUCUGGACCGAAGAAGCUUGCAAGCAGAAAAAAUCGCGAUGAUAAUGGUUCGCGCCUUGAUAUUCAUCCCAAUGUUGGCAAACCAUCGGCCCCACCAAAGAGAAAGGACUUGAACGACAACCAGAAACCUCGAAAGGUAUCGAAACCAGUUCCAAGCCGGAAGCAGAAACAAGGCGACGCCGAUAAUGUGGCUCCCAUCAGCAAACGUUGCAAGAAAUUAAGUAGCAACACUCACGAGGAACCAAGAGAUGGAGUGCUUCUCCACCCUCACUCGACCACCACUGUGCCUAGGUUUGAAAAAGGAGUGUCCUUCAGCUCCUCAGGCGUGCACGAGUCUACUGGGACAACUCAAGUGAGCUCGUUGCAGGAUAAGUUGUCGCCUUCCAGAUCAUCGAGAGGUAGUCAGAAGGAGAGCACUGGAUACCCUGAACCCCAGUUGCUGAUUGAUCUGAACCUGCCUCAUGUACCCCUGGAAAUCGAGAACAACUACUUCGCUCCAAAUCUGCCAAACGAGCCUGAUAUUCAGCCGGUCCAGCUACAUAUCCUUGGUUUAGCAGCACCUUCACCUGUUGAGGCUAGUUCUGAGCAGCAAUCUGUUGUUAACACACGGAGGCUGAGCACAAGGUAUCGCCCCCCAACAACACGGGCGCUGGAGGCUGUAGCAGGUGGAUAUCUGAGUGUAAGCCGUAGGAAGAAGGGCAGGGACACGAGCUCACUCGAUGCACAGCCACCAAGAUCUUCACAGCAACCCCGUUCUCGGCCUGGCCCAAGAGAAUCUCCCAUAAGUUCCAUGGCUUCCCCUUCCCAGAUCGCUGAAGCUCACAGAGGUGCAAGUACAAGUGGCACCUCGAACACAUACAAGAAAAACUACGAUCCACCACAACCUAAUCAAGACAAACCAGCUCCCAGACAGCAGCAGCAGCAACAGCAGCAGCAGUCUGAGCUCAUAAAUAAAAAAGGGAUUGUUUGAAAACAGUUCUACGACGAGGAUCUUGGCAGUUGAUGUCUCAAACACCCGAAACAGGAAAACGUGGUACAAAUUCUUGCUGCUUUCUUUAACAAAGAGGAUCAUUCUACAUGAAAUCUUAAGAGCUUCUGGUUCUUGAUGCUCAGUAAACCUAGUUAGGUAUUGGUUCUUGACAAUCAGAGACGGUUCUUGCUGAUGAAACACAACAGAAACGAGUUCUUCAUGAGGCGAAUGAGGGAUCAUUUAAGGAUAGUUUCAAUUUUAAUUUCUAUUUUUUUCUUCCUUAAUAUUGAUAAUACAUACUACUGUUAACUAGAAAUCUGUUAUGAGAGUAUUGAUCAAAAAACUACAUUUUGUUGCAUAAUAGUAAUAAAUGAUUUUACUGUUAAUAUGGAAAGUA